CCGGAGACCCCCCGGUGACCAGGUCGGGAGCUACGACCACCAGCGAGCGCGGAGGUUGCGGGGGUCCCUCUGGUUUCGUGUCCCCCCCGUCGCCCCCAUGGCCUGGACCAAGUACCAGCUGUUCUUGGCCGGGCUCAUGCUCGUCACCGGCUCCAUCAACACGCUCUCGGCAAAGUUCAUGAAAUUUCAGCUAAAGUUUCCCAGGCCCCCACAUUCUGUCCACAAUCUCAGAUGAAAGCUCCUUGUCAUGGAGACUGGCCCCUUGGAGAGGGAGCCCCACUCCAGGCAGAAUCCCCUGAGUCUGGCCUCUUAGCCUUGCGAGGAGUGAGCUCACCGCAGGCCCCAGGACCAGGCAGUGGGCAUGUUCCUGGGGGAGUUCUCCUGCCUGGCUGCCUUCUACCUGCUCCAGUGCAGGCUAGCAGGGACCCCAGACCCCAGCACCGACCCCCAGCAGCCCUUCAACCCCCUCCUCUUCCUGCCCCCAGCCCUCUGCGACAUGACUGGGACCAGCAUCAUGUAUGUGGCGCUGAACAUGACCAGUGCCUCCAGCUUCCAGAUGCUGCGGGGAGCCGUGAUCAUAUUCACUGGCCUCUUUUCAGUGGCCUUCCUGGGACGAAGACUGGUGCUGAGCCAGUGGCUGGGCAUCCUGGUAACCAUCGCGGGGCUGGUGGUCGUGGGCCUGGCUGACCUUCUGAGCAAGCACGAUGGGCAGCACAAGCUCAGCGAAGUGAUCACAGGGGACCUGCUGAUCAUUAUGGCCCAGAUCAUCGUCUCCAUCCAGAUGGUGCUAGAGGAGAAGUUCGUCUACAAGCACAAUGUGCACCCACUGCGGGCAGUUGGCACUGAGGGCCUCUUUGGCUUCGUGAUCCUCUCCCUGCUGCUGGUGCCCAUGUACUACAUCCCUGCCGGCUCCUUCAGCGGAAGCCCUCGCGGGACACUGGAGGAUGCACUGGACGCCUUCUGCCAGGUGGGCCACCAGCCGCUCAUCGCCCUGGCGCUGCUGGGCAACAUCAGCAGCAUUGCCUUCUUCAACUUUGCGGGCAUCAGCGUCACCAAGGAACUGAGUGCCACCACCCGAAUGGUGCUGGACAGCCUGCGGACCAUUGUCAUCUGGGCAGUGAGCCUGGCGCUGGGUUGGGAGGCCUUCCACCCACUGCAGAUCCUCGGCUUCCUCAUCCUCCUGACCGGCACCGCCCUCUACAACGGGCUGCACCGCCCGCUGCUGACCCGCCUGGGCAGGGGCCGGCCCCCCAUGGAGGAGGGUGAGCAUGAGAGACUGCUGGGGGGCUCCCGGACUCCCAUCAACGAUGGCAGCUGAGCUUCCUGUGGGAUCUCUGCUGCCCCAGGACACUCCUUGCUCACCCUGAGGCUGAGGCCACAUGGGCUGGUGAACCCCAAGUGCCCUGUCCCCCAGGCCUCACCCUGCCCCUCCCCAAAGACCCCCAGGGCAGCUGCUGCCACAGAAAACAUAACACCCAGGUCCUCCUUUGUCACCACCACCUGCUGAAAAGUGUUACCCAGCCCCGACAGGCCUGAGUGCAGUGACCCACCCCCCACCAGGCUCCCCCAGCCCCUGAGUCCCCUCCUGCAACACUGGAGCUGAAACAUGAAGCAGAAUCACAGGAACCAACAACUCUAGGGCCUCCCAAAUCAUAAGUUGAAUGUGGUUCUCCCAAGGAAAGAGGUCAGUGAGCAAAUUCAAACAGAACUAAGCGCCGUAUUUUCUAAAACUUGUAAGAUAUUCCCUGACCCUGUCCGGAGGCCUUGCUUUCAGCCAUUGCCUUGUUGCAGACUUAGUGUGUGUGCUCCCUGGCCAUGUACGAGUCGCUCUGGGCCUUGCUGUCCUGCUCUGUAAAGCAGAAGGUGUUGAUGGUGUGGCUUCAGUGCCUUCCAGCCCAGCUGGGCCCAUUCUGUGGGCCUGUGGUUUUGACAAACCCGAGGAAGGAGUAACAGCCCAUUUAUUGGAAAUGCCCCCCGCCCACGGUGUUCUCCCCUCACCUGCUUUGGCGAACUUGCUCACACACUCAAGGCCUCCUGACCUGGGGGAGAUUACAAGGAAAUUCUAGGCAGCCCUGGAUAGCUGCUUUUAUAAACUCCCCAUGUUCCAUUUUAAAGAUGAGGAAACUGAGGCCCAGAGUUGUAAGUUUGGCAAAAGGGCUCUCCUGCCCUGGGCUCCCAGAUCCGGCAGCAGGCUAGGGUGUAGAGCACACCUGGGCCUCGGCCCCACCCCCAGCAACUCGACUCCAUGGAGAACCCUCCAGGGUGAUGGAUUUACCAGGAGGCUAUUUAUAGAGCGAUUUCUGGUAGCCAGGUGUUGUAUUCAGUGCUUAGCUUUCAUUCUGUGCAUAACAGCCUGCACAGAUGGGUGCAGAUGAGGAAACUGUGGCCCAGAGAAGGUUAAGCAACUUCCAUAUGGAGCCAGUAUCCCACAUGGGGUUUACCCGAUUCCAAACCUGUGGCGCCUGGAAUCUUUGGGGCGUACUUCCAAAGUACUUUCCCAUCUGUGUUUGGGGAAAGAAGCAUCAUGUGCUGCUGCCCUCCCAGUAAGCCCACCCUGAAGCGAGGGGGCUGGCAUCAGGGACCCCAGGGAGCUGAGCAGCCCCUUGUCCCAGUGCUCCUCCGUCUGGCAGUUUCUGGAGCCUCAGACCAUUUUCCUGGGCAGCUCAAUCAUGAAACAAAACACCAGAUGCCUUCCUUAAAGGAGAUCCUGGGGGAAGGGAUCUCUGACAAGCAAAGCCUCAGGGCUGCGGGGUUCCAGCAGGUUCUUACAGUUUUUUUGGGAUCAGAGGGCCUCCCAUCCCGCCAGCUCUGAAUCCCAGGGAGCCCUGAGCUCCUGUGGCCAUGGAAUGUGCCACAGAAAGGGGGAAAUGGAGAAUGGGGGUGAUGGGGACCAAGCUGCCUUGUCCAGAAAAUGAGCCUUACAAUGUUGUUUCAGGCUUUAUUUUUACAAAGAAAAGGGUAAUUGGCAAUAUGGACAUCUUUUUAACAAGAGAGAUGGAGCCCAAGGGUUGGGACAUUCUUGGAGGUACAGUCUAGAAUGCCGGAAUGGAAAAGCUUGAAUGUCCCAAAGCAUAGAAACCACUAAGUUCCCCACGCAUUGUUCAGAUGAAGAAACUGAAGCCCAGAGAGGAAGAUGCUUCCGAAGGACACACAGCCAGAGACUGGCAAAGCCAGAUGUCCUGGUUCUCAGUCUUUGCCCAUCCCAUUCUUGCAUAGAAGCAUAGCUAACCAAGGGUCCAGGACUGCUCUGCGUGGGCUACCCUUGCCUCUAUACUCAGGUGUACAAAAGUCGUAGCCCUCUGAGUGCUGCCAAAGGGACUGUGAAUUUUAACAUUGAAGGGUUGAGGGUUAAUAGCGAGACUUCAGGGGUGAGGGCACAGCAUGGCGAGGGGGGACUCACUCAGGCCUGUCACCCACUCGGGCAACUCGCUUUACCUCCUAGAGCUCUGAAAUGGGAAACCUCCAUCUCACAGGAUGGGUGUGAAUACUACCUAAGAUACUAAAGGGAAGGUGCCUGUAAACUCCAGCGCACAGUGAAGCGCCAUAUAAGGCUGCCUGCCCACCAGGGUGGUCUGUCAAGCGCUGAAGUCCCAGCAGAGCCCUGGGGAGGAGCAUGAGUUUUGCUUGGAGGGGAAGAGAUGUGUUGUUCAAACAUACAAUUGUGGAGUAGAGCAUAAACCUCACAUCGAUUAUAAGAGAAAA